AUGUCUCUGUUGCUGCGGCGCUGCAGACGAAGCGUGCAGACUCUCCAGAACCCUCGGAUUCGGCCUUUUACCAAAUUCGCUACUAUUCUUCCGGCCUGCAUCAUCCCUUCUGUGCAUUGGUCGUCGAUUGCGCACCUUGCUGCACCUGACCGGUCACCUGCGCGCCCCGAUUAUCCGUGUUCGAUUUCGCCCAAGUGCUCCAUCGCCUCCUCCCAACAAGUUCCUCGCCGGCAAUUUUCGACGGUCCUCUGUCGCCAUUUCCUUCAUCGUCCGUUCUUAAACUCUGCGGCAGUGAUGAACGCAAACGGGGAUCUUGGGCCAAAGCGAAAGCGCAGCGCCGGUGCCAUCGAGCAGCGUCCUGCCAAACACCUGAAGCCUGAGGGCUCGGUCUUGACUCCCGGCGACUCCACGCCGGCCAAUGGGACCGUGUAUGAUGUUGCGGAGGGGGAGGAAAGCGACAAUGACUCGACUCGGAUGUUGCCGCUCGGCACUGCCCAGGCGGAUUCGCCCGAGUGGCAGGCGAUGAUCGAAAGCGUCGUGAAGAGUGUCGUGUCGAUUCACUUUUGUCAGACGUGCUCAUUUGACACGGAGCUCUCCAUGAGUAGUCAAGCUACGGGCUUCGUUGUCGAUGCGGAGCGUGGUUACAUUCUGACGAAUCGACACGUCGUCGGCGCCGGUCCAUUCUGGGGUUACUGCAUUUUCGACAACCAUGAGGAGUGCGACGUCAAGCCCGUUUAUCGAGACCCUGUUCACGACUUUGGUAUCUUGCAGUUCGAUCCAAAGGCCAUUCGCUACAUGAAGCUUCAGGAGCUCAAGCUGCGACCUGACGGGGCUCGGGUGGGUGUCGAAGUUCGGGUCGUGGGUAACGAUGCGGGUGAAAAAUUGAGUAUUUUGUCCGGCGUCAUCAGUCGUCUGGAUCGCAAUGCUCCGGAAUACGGUGAAGGGUACAGUGAUUUCAACACCAACUAUAUCCAGGCUGCAGCGGCGGCCAGUGGUGGUAGUUCAGGCAGUCCGGUCGUGAAUAUUGACGGGCAUGCUGUGGCUCUACAAGCGGGUGGACGUGCCGAUGGCGCCGCCACGGACUAUUUCUUGCCAUUAGAUCGUCCACUUCGUGCCCUUGAGUGUAUCCGCCAAGGCCAACCAGUCACUCGCGGCACAAUCCAAACCCAAUGGAUUCUCAAGCCCUUCGAUGAAUGCCGUCGGCUGGGCUUGACGCCCGAGUGGGAGGCCGAAGUGCGCAAGGCCGCUCCCGCCGAGACGAACAUGCUGGCCGCUGAGAUCAUUCUCCCUGAAGGUCCAGCUGAUGGCAAGUUGCAGGAGGGAGAUGUGCUGCUGAAGGUGAAUGGCGAGCUUCUCACGCAAUUUGUUCGUCUGGAUGAUAUCCUGGAUUCUAGCGUCGGUAAGGCCGUUCGGCUGCUGGUUCAGCGAGGAGGUGACGACGUGGAGGUAGAAUGCGAGGUAGGGGAUCUCCACGACAUCACUCCUGACCGUUUCGUGACUGUUGCGGGAGGUACUUUCCACAACCUCUCAUACCAGCAGUCUCGGCUCUAUGCGAUUGCCACUCGCGGUGUCUAUGUCUGCGAGGCCGCUGGCUCCUUCAAGCUUGAGAACACCCUAUCUGGAUGGAUCAUUGACUCGGUGGACAAGCGGCCUACGCGCAACCUGGAUGAGUUCGUAGAAGUAAUGAAGUCUAUUCCCGAUCGUUCUCGGGUAGUGAUUUCAUAUCGUCACAUCAGGGACCUACACACCAAAGGAACAAGUAUCAUCUACGUGGAUCGGCAUUGGCACCCCAAAAUGCGACUGGCGGUUCGUAAUGACCAGACCGGCAUUUGGGACUUUUCAGAUCUCGCGGAUCCCAUUCCAGCUGAGAAGCCUGUGCCUCGCAAGGCAGACUUCAUCCAGCUGGACGGUGUUAGCCAGCCGGCCGCAGCCGCGAUUGUGCGAAGUUUCGUGCGAGUGUCGUGCACAAUGCCCUUGAAAUUGGAUGGGUACCCUCAGGCCAAAAAGACUGGAUUCGGCUUGGUCAUCGAUGCCGACAAGGGUCUCGUCGUUGUUUCAAGAGCCAUUGUGCCUUAUGAUCUCUGUGACAUCAACAUCACCGUCGCAGAUUCGGUCAUUUUGAGUGCAAAGGUUGUGUUCCUUCACCCACUGCAAAAUUACACCAUCAUCCAAUACGACCCUAGCCUAGUACAAGCACCUGUACAAAGUGCCCGCCUCAGUACCGAAUACAUCAAGCAAGGACAGGACACCAUCUUUGUUGGCUUCAAUCAGAACUUCCGGAUCGUCGUGGCCAAGACCGCCGUGACCGAUAUCACAACCGUCUCGAUUCCGGCCAAUUCUUCGGCUCCUCGGUAUCGCGCUAUCAAUUUGGAUGCCAUCACAGUUGACACUGGUCUGAGUGGACAAUGCACGAAUGGCGUCCUGAUUGGUGAGGAUGGCGUUGUGCAGGCUCUAUGGUUGAAUUACCUGGGUGAACGUACACCCAACUCUCACAAGGAUGUCGAGUACCAUCUCGGCUUCGCCACCCCUUCCCUUCUUCCCGUGACAUCUAAAAUACAGCAGGGAGUUACUCCCAAGCUACGUAUCCUGAACAUGGAGAGCUAUGUUGUGCAAAUGAGUCAGGCGCGCAUCAUGGGCGUGUCGGAGGAAUGGAUCCAAAAGGUGACGCAGGCCAAUCCUUCUCGCCACCAACUGUUCAUGGUCCGCAAGGUGGACUGCCCUCCGGCAACUUUCACGUCCGAUGUCGACAGCUUCCAGGAAGCUGAUAUCAUCCUCACGCUGGAUGGCCAGCUCAUUACCCGGGUCUCUGAACUCGAUGUCAUGUAUGAGAAGGAAUCCUUGGAGGCCCUGAUUGUUCGAAAUGGCCAGGAAAUGCGUAUUCGUGUCCCGACUGUCCCCACCGAAGAUCUUGAGACCGAUCGUGCUGUUGUCUUCUGUGGUGCUGUCUUGCAAAAGCCUCACCAUGCUGUUCGACAGCAAAUUACGAAACUUCACAGUGAGAUUUACGUGAGCGCUAGAAGCCGUGGCUCCCCGGCCUACCACUAUGGGCUUGCCCCAACCAACUUCAUCACUGCGGUCAAUGGUGUUUCCACGCCAAAUCUGGACGCAUUUGUCGAGGAAGUGCGCAAAAUCCCGGACAACACUUACUUCCGCCUGCGCGCAGUCACCUUUGACAACGUUCCUUGGGUAGUGACUAUGAAGAAGAACGACCACUAUUUCCCAAUGUCUGAGUACGUCAAGGACCCGUCUGUCGAGGCCGGGUGGCGCACCAUUUCCCACGAUAAGAGAAAAGAUGGCCUUGGGGCUGCUUCUGACGCCGCGAACCUGAACCCGGACGCUAUGGAUGAGGGUGGUGAUGCUGGAGGCAGUGAUAUUGAGCCUGACAUUGAGUAG